AUGUUACAUCUUGGAUCCGAUAGACAAAUUUGUAAUAUUUGGAUGGAGGAUGACCACAGGAAUUUCAUAACUUACAUACCUCCAAAUAUUGAUCCUCCUUACAAAUGGUAUCAGUUCUACUGUAACGGUUCCAAUGGAAAGAACAGAAUUGGAACCUUGAAUACAUUAGAUAAUUCUACGACAUAUUGGGUUCAUGCUAGUAUGGAUGAAACUUCAACAGCAGAAAAAAUCCGUGGUGGAUAUAAUGAAAAUAAGUGUUUCGAUUUACAUGGUGCUACCGGAUUCAAAUGGUAUUUUGAAGAGCAUGAUUACAAUGAUUGCAAAAGAAUAAGAGAUGGGAAUUAA